AUGAAGGUUUCAUCUGCCAUUCUCUCUGUCUUGGCCACUGCUGGCCUUGUCUCCGCCACGCUUGGAGACACCAACAAGGUCCUCCCUCAGAUUCCCGGCAUGUGGAGGAACGCUCCCGGAAAGAAUACAACACAAUCUGAAGAUGAGACCCAGACUGAGCAAUCUACUCGCGCCAUAGGAGGAAUCACUUCGCUCCCCCGCCGGUGGAUUGAAUCCCUUCACGCCCGCGAGGCCGAGGUCGUCGUUGAGGUCGUUACCGAGGCUGAAUAG